AGACGCUCGAGCGCAAGCGACGCAGCAACGGGAACAAACAGCAGUUUGUCAGUUAAACUUCCAAAUUUCUUAAGGGCUUUUAAAUGGAGCGCGGAGAGAGUCCUUCUCCUCUGAAGACACGGAGAAAACGCUGCCUUAUUUUAGGUGUCGUUGCUGUCCUGAUUGUCAUUAUUAUUAUUGCUGUUAUUGUGGGACUGGCACUGCGUCGGGAAACAGACCAGUUUAAAGCAACAUUUAUUGCUCGGUGUGAGAAGUUCAAAGAGUAUGACUGUCAAAACGUAUGGGAUGCUUUCCAACAAGCCUAUGUUGGACGGGAUCCUUGUAAAGUUCCCGUGGAAGCCUAUGACCCUUUUAUUGCUGCAACCCCCUUCAAACCUCCAUGCAACAGAAUGAUGUUCUGGAGCAAAACCAAGGAUGUGGUCCAAGAUUUCGCAGAGAAGAAAGAUUGUUUUGUCACCCUGGAGGAAACCGUGUUGGGAUCUGUGGUGGAUGGCCUGACCUGGUGUGGAAAAGAGGGGAGCAGUGAAACGUUCACCACUGACUGCCCAGGAUGGUCAGACUGUGACAACAACACUGUUAGGUCAUUUUGGAACAGAGUCUCAGCUACUUUUGCAGAGGCUGCCUGUGGUGACGUCUCAGCAAUGCUGAAUGGAUCCAUCGCCACACCAUUCAGUCCUCUAAGUGUUUUUGGGAGCGUCGAGGUGAAGAGGUUCAACUCAACCAGAAUGAGAAGCUUGUCUGUUGUUCUGGUCACACCGGAGAACCCUGUCUCACACUGUACAGAUGCAUCUUUAAAGGAUUUGCAAAAAGAGCUGGAUGAAGGAAUUAAAUAUAACUGCACAGAAGUGACUUUAGCUCAGAUCCAGGAGUGCAUCUCCAAUUCAGAGAAACCCUGUGGACCCUGUUGGUGAAGACAUUUGAACAAAACUAUUUGUCUAGUUUGUUUAAUUAAUAAAAUAAUUUCACCUUUC